UUGACUUCUGAUUGAUUUCUGAUAGGUAGUUGGAACAACUGACAAGUUGUCAAUGCCAUUUGUCAUUUAUCUCCAUCCGCAUCCGCCAUUCUCUUUUGUUAUUAUUAUUAUUCGUCUCUCGUCUCAUUUCUGCUCCUGCUCUGCUUUUGGUUGUUUAUGUGCAUUAAAUUUGUUGUUAACCAAAACCAAACGAGAAAUUUUUAUUAUUUACUAGACUAGGAGUACCUACCCAGAACAUAAAAAAUGGACAUAGAAGGUCUUGGACAAUAUUUGGUGUUUAAUAGAGCCAUAGAAGUUCAGACUCCGCAGCAGCCUCUAACUGAAGGACAGCAGCAAUCAGUAAACUGGACCACAAACCAUAGUAAAAUUCUGCUAGAUAUAUAUAAUCAAUACCGUGGAAAAGUAGGGACAUUCCAAAUAAAAACUUUCAAAAAAUUAUGGGAAAUUAUGGCCCAAGAAAUAAAUGCAGUGGCAGGGACCAAUUUCAGUGCAGGCCAUUGUGAAAACAGAUGGAGAGUUCUUGAAAGAGCGUACAAAAAAUUCAUCGACAACAAAAAUAAAACUGGAAGAGGGAAAAAAUAUUUCGAAUACGAAGCAGAGAUGAAUGAAAUAUUUAAAGGCAAAAUGAACAUUAAGCCGGAAGUAACUAUCACUACAGAAUCAUUUCAACAAGAGCCUGUUCUUACUCCAGAGGCUGUCAAUGAGCCAGUGGCCAGUACAUCUAAUGUGCCCAGUACGUCUGAGAAACCAAAAGAAACAGGUAGGCAUAAAAAAACAGCUGUAACGAGAAUUGCAAUAAUGCAACAAAUGCAAAUAGAUCGAAAGGCAUAUUAUGACAAACGAAUUGAACUCGAACAAGAGAAAAUCAAAAUUCAGAGGGAGAAGUUGAAAGAACUUAAAGAGCGAAAAUGCUCUGAAUGCCUGAAAAAAAUGUAAUUUUUAAUCAUUCUUUUCGUUACUUAUAUUAUUAUUUAGUUUUAUUGAUAUUUUUAUGUAAGUUAGGAUUUUUCUUUAAUAAAAAAUGUAAAAUGUUAAAAAAAAAUUUUCAUGUUUUUUUUUCUUUAGAAUAUGUAGGUAUCAGUUAGGCUUUUUGUUUAGGUAAUAUCAUUGUUUAUAUAUAGGGAGAUAGUUGGUCAGCCGAAUAGGAAAAUUUGUUUGAUUCAAAUUGAGACAGUCACCAGAUGUCCCCACAAUUUCUGUCAGGGUCGUAACGUCAAAAUGCAUAGACACCAAGUUGGAUACGAUCCUAUUCAUAACACCCCAACUUGCAUACAUAUUAAGAAAAAUAAAUAUAUAUGGAAGAACAUAUCGAUACAUUUUUGGCAAAGUAACGUAACUCAUAUUUUUGGCGAAUCAUGUUUUUCCAUUAAACUAACGCUAUUAUUGUUUAGAAGGUACUGCCAAAGUGUAGUAAGCCUAGAACACAAUAUGUAUAGGCUUACUACACUUUGGCAGUACCUUCUAAACAAUAAUAGCGUUAGUUUAAUGGAAAAACAUGAUUAGCCAAAAAUGUAGCGAUAUUUAGAAAUUGAAUUAAUGAUGUCAUGCUACUAUACAUUAUAUUAUAAUAGCAUGGCAUCAUUAAUUCAAUUUCUAAAUAUGUUCUUCCAUAUAUAUUUAUUUUUCUUAAUAUGUAUGCGAGUUGGGGUGUUAUGACUAGGAUCGUAUCCAACUUGGUGUCUAUGCAUUUUGACGUUGCGAACCUGACAGAAAUUGUGGGGACAUCUGGUGGUGUUCUCAAUUUGAAUCAAACACAUUUUCCUAUUGGCUUGACCAACUAUCAAUAUAAAAAUAAUGGUAUGGUUCAUUCCACCAACAUACGCCUGUUUUGAAUUAUCGCGACAACGAAUAUUUCAGUGUGCAACAUAAGCAGUACGAAAGUAAAUGGCUCUAAUAGUUAUUCCAUUAAACAGCAAUGUAAUUUGCAAUUUAUUUUCGUUCUUCAUAUUUUGCACAAUAAAAUAUUCGUUGUUGAAAUAAUCCAACACAGGCGUAUAUUCGUGGAAUAGGGUAUAAUAUGUAUAACUUAGGUAUUUUAAGCUAUUAAUUUUCUUUUAAUUACAAAUUAUAUUUUACUUGCAA